AAGUAUUUUAGUAUUUUUCAAGGCUUGGUUUAAGCAUGUGAAAAAUUGCAGAGUGGUAUAUUACACGCUUUAAAGAAUUUAUUAAUUAAGGCGUGUAAUAAAAGUGUUACUACAAAGGACUACUUCCAACCACUGUACAAACCCGACAAUACAGAGUUGGUGUACAAUGUGACUGGAGCCUGGAUGUGUCUGCGCGCGCAUGCGCGUUGCCGGGCAGCGGUGACUAGACAUUCGGUCAUAGGAGCGGUGGAGGGGGCGCUCGAGCCACGUCGGUGAAACAAAUCAACGCUUGAAGGCAGAUUAAAAAGAGGGUCCCUGCUGCUCAUCCAGGAGCAGGAGAUCCGGGGCAAUGUCGACACCAGAUCCCCCCAUGUGCGGCACCCCUCGCCCAGGUCCUUCUCCUGGUCCGGGUCCCUCCCCAGGGGCGAUGUUGGGCCCCAGUCCCGGGCCAUCCCCAGGCUCCUCUCACAGUAUGAUGGGCCCCAGCCCCGGCCCACCCUCCUCUGGGCACUCCCAGCCAGGGCCCUCUGGAUACAGCCAGGACAACAUGCACCCUCUGCACAAACCCAUGGAGAGCAUGCAUGAGAAAAGCAUGAGUGAGGAGAGCCGCUUCAGUCAGAUGAAGGGAUUGUCUAUGAGACAGGGCGGGCACAGUGGCAUGGGGCCCCCACCCAGUCCUCUAGACCAGCAUUCGCAAGGUUACCACUCUCCACUAGGUGGCUCUGAUCAUUCCAGCCCUGUCCCUUCAAAUGGUCCUCCUACUGGACCUCUUAUGCCUUCAUCCUCAUCUUCCUCCUCCUCUGGUGGUCCUGGCUCUGCCUCUACACCUUUAGAUGGCCCCAGUGGAGAUCAACACACUCUGGGUCCUAAUAACAGGUCUGGCCCUCCAGGUAACUCUGGCCCAGGCCCCAGCCCUGGACCCAGUCUCGGGUCCAGUGUCCCCAGCCUUGGAUCUGGGCUUGAAUCUGGGGGCCCAACAGGCCCUACUCCCUUCAACCAAAACCAACUACACCAGCUCAGAGCACAAAUCAUGGCUUAUAAGAUGCUGGCCCGUGGACAGCCCCUGCCAGACCACCUCCAGAUGGCCGUCCAGGGGAAGAGGCCAAUGCCUGGGAUGCAGCAGCAGCAGCCCAUGCCCAGCCUGGCUCCGGGAGCUGGAGGCGGACCAGGGGGUGGACCAGUAGGACCAGGACCAGGCCCAGGGCCAAUGGGCACGGGUUACAGUCGAGCUCAUGGAAUGAUGGGUCCCAACAUGCCUCCUCCAGGCCCAUCGGGUACUCCAGCUGGGAUGCAGGGACAAAACCCAAAUGGACCCCCCAAGUCCUGGCCUGAAGGCCCCAUGGUGAAUGCAGCAGCCCCCUCCAACGCACCCCAAAAGCUGAUUCCCCCUCAGCCCACUGGCCGGCCCUCUCCUGCCCCCCCUUCAGUUCCCCCUGCUGCCUCCCCAGUAAUGCCUCCUCAGACCCAGUCACCUGGCCAGCCGGCACAGCCUACUCCCAUGAUGCCUUAUCACGCCAAGCAGAACCGCAUUACCCCAAUCCAGAAACCCUGCGGCCUUGACCCAGUGGAGAUACUACAGGAGAGGGAGUACAGGUUACAGGCUCGUAUCACUCAUCGCAUCGCUGAACUGGAGAACCUGCCAGGCUCCCUGGCUGGUGAUUUACGUACCAAAGCUACUAUAGAGCUCAAAGCCCUCCGCCUUCUUAACUUCCAGAGACAGCUGCGUCAGGAGGUGGUGGUGUGUAUGCGUCGUGACACAGCUCUAGAGACUGCCCUUGAUGCCAAGGCCUACAAGCGAAGCAAGCGACAGUCUCUGCGAGAGGCCCGCAUCACUGAGAAACUGGAGAAACAGCAGAAGAUUGAGCAAGAGCGCAAACGCAGGCAGAAACAUCAGGAGUACCUCAACAGCAUCCUGCAACAUGCCAAAGAUUUCAAAGAGUACCACCGCUCAGUCACAGGCAAAAUGCAGAAACUGACCAAAGCUGUGGCUACUUAUCAUGCCAACACUGAGAGGGAGCAGAAGAAAGAGAAUGAACGUAUUGAGAAAGAGAGGAUGAGGAGGCUUAUGGCUGAGGAUGAGGAGGGUUAUCGUAAACUGAUUGACCAGAAGAAGGAUAAGCGUCUGGCCUACCUGCUGCAGCAAACUGAUGAGUAUGUUGCCAACCUCACAGAGCUGGUCAGAGCUCACAAGGCUGCACAGGCGCUCAAGGAGAAAAAGAAGAAGAAGAAGAAAAAGAAGAAGUUGGAGAUUGCUGAGGGUCAGACUCCUGCCAUGGGCCCGGAUGGAGAGCCUCUGGAUGAGACGAGUCAGAUGAGUGACCUGCCUGUGAAAGUCAUCCAUGUAGAUAGUGGAAACAUCCUCACAGGUGUGGACGCUCCAAAAGCUGGACAGCUGGAGACCUGGCUGGAGAUGAACCCCGGUUAUGAAGUGGCUCCCCGCUCAGACAGCGAAGACAGCGAGGAGGAGGAAGAGGAGGAGGAGGAAGAGGAGGAGCCUCAUCCAUCAGCUACUCAGGUGGAGGAAAAGAAGAAGAUUACAGACCCUGACAGCGAAGAUGUGUCAGAGGUGGAUGUCCGACACAUUAUUGAAAAUGCUAAACAGGAUGUGGAUGAUGAAUAUAGUGGUGCAGCAUUUGCGCGAGGACUCCAGUCUUAUUAUUCUGUAGCUCACGCUGUCACAGAGAAGGUGGAGAAACAGUCCAGUUUGUUAAUAAAUGGACAACUCAAACAGUAUCAGAUUAAAGGUCUGGAGUGGCUGGUCUCCCUCUACAACAAUAACCUGAACGGGAUCCUCGCAGACGAGAUGGGUCUGGGAAAAACCAUCCAGACUAUCGCCCUCAUCACGUACCUCAUGGAGCACAAACGGCUCAAUGGACCCUACCUCAUUAUUGUACCCCUCUCAACUCUUUCUAACUGGGUGUAUGAGUUUGACAAGUGGGCGCCCACAGUCGUGAAAGUGUCCUACAAGGGGUCUCCUGCUGCCAGAAGAGCCUUUGUCCCCCAGCUGCGUAGUGGAAAGUUUAACGUUUUGCUCACCACUUACGAGUACAUCAUCAAGGAUAAACAAGUACUAGCCAAGAUCCGUUGGAAAUACAUGAUUGUGGACGAAGGCCACCGUAUGAAGAACCACCACUGUAAGCUCACCCAGGUCCUGAACACCCAUUACUUGGCUCCACGGCGAGUCCUACUGACAGGAACACCACUGCAGAACAAACUACCUGAGCUCUGGGCGUUGCUAAACUUCCUACUGCCUACCAUUUUCAAGAGUUGCAGCACCUUUGAGCAGUGGUUCAACGCCCCUUUCGCCAUGACUGGAGAGAAGGUGGACCUUAAUGAAGAGGAGACCAUCUUGAUUAUCCGUCGUCUCCACAAAGUGCUUCGCCCCUUCCUGUUACGCAGAUUAAAGAAGGAAGUGGAGGCACAGCUUCCAGAGAAGGUGGAAUAUGUGAUUAAGUGUGACAUGUCGUCUCUUCAGAGGGUGCUGUACAGGCACAUGCAGGCCAAGGGGGUUCUGCUCACUGACGGAUCAGAGAAAGACAAGAAGGGUAAAGGAGGCACAAAGACGCUGAUGAACACCAUCAUGCAGCUCAGGAAGAUCUGUAACCACCCUUACAUGUUCCAGCAAAUAGAGGAAUCCUUCUCUGAACAUUUAGGAUUCUCUGGAGGGAUAGUCCAGGGGCCUGACCUUUAUCGGGCAUCAGGGAAGUUUGAGGUGUUAGAUCGAAUCCUACCAAAGCUGAGAGCCACAAACCACAAAGUGCUGCUCUUCUGUCAGAUGACCUCACUCAUGACAAUCAUGGAGGACUACUUUGCCUAUCGCAACUUCAAAUAUCUGCGUCUGGAUGGCACUACGAAGGCUGAGGACAGAGGAAUGUUACUGAAAACAUUCAAUGACCCAGAGUCGGAGUACUUUAUCUUCCUCCUGAGCACAAGAGCUGGAGGCCUCGGCCUCAACUUGCAGUCUGCUGACACUGUGGUCAUUUUUGACUCUGACUGGAACCCACAUCAGGACCUGCAAGCUCAGGACAGGGCCCACCGCAUCGGUCAGCAGAACGAGGUGCGUGUGUUGCGUCUCUGCACUGUCAACAGUGUGGAGGAGAAAAUCUUGGCCGCUGCCAAAUACAAACUGAAUGUGGACCAGAAGGUCAUCCAGGCCGGCAUGUUCGACCAGAAGUCUUCCAGCCACGAGCGCAGGGCCUUUCUACAGGCCAUAUUGGAACACGAGGAGCAAGACGAGGUCUGGGGUCAGGAACUGUGUCUACGCAUGAAUGAGGAAGACGAGGUGCCAGAUGACGAGACGGUCAACCAGAUGAUUGCCAGGAGUGAGGAGGAGUUCGACCAGUUCAUGCGUAUGGACCUAGACCGGCGUCGCGAGGAGGCCCGUAACCCACGGCGAAAACCACGUCUGAUGGAGGAGGAUGAGCUGCCUACUUGGAUCAUGAAGGACGAUGCCGAGGUUGAACGUCUCACUUGUGAGGAGGAAGAGGAGAAAAUGUUUGGACGAGGUUCUCGGCAGCGAAAGGAGGUGGACUACAGCGACUCACUGACCGAGAAGCAGUGGCUCAAGCCUGUCUUUCCCACGCAGGCGAUAGAGGAAGGCACAUUGGAGGAAGUGGAGGAGGAGGUUCGUCACAAAAAGACGACUCGCAAGAGGAAGCGGGACCGCGACCUGGAUCUCCCUGGUCCCUCCUCCUCCUCAGGAGGACGAGGGAGAGGGGACAAAGAUGAAGAUGGGAAGAGGCAGAGGAAGAGGGGCCGACCCCCUGCCGAGAAACUCUCCCCCAACCCGCCCGCCCUCACAAAGAAGAUGAAGAAGAUCGUGGACGCCGUCAUCAAGUAUAAAGACAGCGCCAGCGGGCGACAGCUGAGCGAGGUGUUCAUCCAGCUCCCGUCUCGAAAAGAACUUCCGGAGUACUACGAACUGAUCCGCAAGCCCGUGGACUUCAGGAAGAUCAAAGAGAGGAUUCGAGGUCAUCGCUACCGCAGUCUGGGUGACCUGGAGAGAGACGUCAUGCUGCUCUUCCAAAACGCUCAAACCUUCAACCUGGAGGGCUCGCUGAUAUACGAAGACUCCAUCGUCCUCCAGUCUGUGUUUACCAGUUUGAGGCAAAAGAUUGAGAAGGAGGAGGAAAGUGAGGGAGAGGAGAGCGAAGAUGACGAAGAGGAACCGGAGGAAGGAUCAGAGUCUGAAACUCGUUCAGUGAAAGUGAAGAUCCGUCUGGGAAGGAAGGACAAAGGCGGAGAUCGAGGGAAGGGACGCAGCAGCAGACGAACAGGACGCACUAGAGCCAAACCCGUUGUUAGUGAUGAUGACUCUGAGGAGGAGCAGGAAGAGGAGCGUUCCCCCAGUGCCACCGAUGAGGAGUCCUGAACUGUACUGUAAUGAAGGAGGCAUAAAGCACCACAUGUAGAGUAAAUAAAACAUGACUUUAUCAUAAAAUACACAGAAUAACUGGACGAUGUACAUCACUGCAGUAAACCUUCUUUGUCUUUCUGCUGAAUGAGCACAGAGGGGAUCAAGUCACCUUUUUAUUUGCAGUUUCAGUAAAGUUUCUGAUCACUUUCACAGAGACGAUUGUCACAUAUAACAGUAUUUGUAAUGCAAAUGGUUAUAUUGAUAUAACUCAAGAAAAAGCACAGUAGAAAGUACAGGCAAACAGAGGAGACAACAGAAGAAUAUAGUUCAGUGUAAAUAAAAGCUGCUGAUGAACAUUAAAUGUGUUGCAGACUGGCAAACAAAGUCCCAACAAACUUAAAGACAUGUGCGCCACACUCUGUGCAGCUAAGUUUUCUUUGUUAUUUUGGUUCACUUUAACACCACUGGAAGAGAUUUUUUUUUUUAUCCUACUUCAAUAAUGAUCUUAUUUAAUAUUAAGACAGUUUUAAUCAGUGUCUAUAAGUUUUAAACAAGAUAAUUUUAACUUUCAUAAGCAGCCUUCACUGUGAGUCUUCAGCUCAAAUUAGCAAAUUUACUGCAAAUACAGGUACUGUCACCACAACAGUUGCAGACCCAAAUUAGCAUUUGUGAACAUUUAAUAAAUGGCUGAUAAUGUGCUAAAACGUAGUUGUACACAGAUAUAAGGACAUUUUAAGUGUUUAUGAACCUACAGUAAGUGUAGUCACUUGUUAUCUGUUCAUAGCCCAGGCAGAACUUGCAGGCGUACACAGUGGGACAAACACCCAAUGCUUAUAUCUGUAUACAAUUGUAUCCUAAUAAAUUAAUGGUGAAUAGCAUAACAUAAAGCGCUGCCAUUAUAAGUGACCCAAGCAGUCUGUAAAAGGAUUCAAGGUUUACCUUAGGAGUUAAACUCUGACACAUAUGUGUUGUUAACAAACAGCUAAAGUCAGUAAAAUGAAGUGAAAAACAUCGAAUGUAAACAGAAAAAUGUUUUCAGGUGGAGCUGUGUUUUCACCCAGGGUGAAGCUACCACCUCGCCUCGCUCCACCUUCCCUCUGAACAUACGUGUAAAUAAACCUAAUGUUUCACCUCUGCUUCACUGCUGCAGCGUGUUGUAACAACAGUCAGCCUCUGUGGAGCCGCUGUGAUUGCUGAGGUGUGUGUACAUCACAUGUUUGUGACCCGAGGCUCGCAGUGGGAGAUCCAGCCUGCUGUGGGUGCAGGGUGUUUCCAGACUUCUCAGAAGCUCUUUAGCAAACCACCACCGUGUUUUGACUGGGGUUUAUUGGAAUUGAGUCCUGAUCAUUUUCCAAAUGUUGUAUAUACAGUACGGUAUAAAAACAACCUACUUCACAUUGCUGCUGCUUUCCUCUUAAACUUCCAGUAUAAGCACUUAUAACUGUUGAUUGUAGACUUCAAGAAUCAUGAGGUGGUGAUUCAUCGAAUAGUACUGUAACCACCGCUUCUCCUUCAGUCAUUGUGUGGUGAUUUUAGGAUGUCACGAUGUGUUUGAUGUACUUUGCACUUUUUAUGUUUUUGAUUUCAAGACAAUGGACCAGAAGGACAGCUGCUCCUCUCUGCUUGUGAAUGCCUCCUGGCUGUAAGGUGUUGGAUAUACUGUAUAGAAUAUUUUUAGAGUGUAAUGUCAAUGCACGUGUGUACAGCUCGCAAGUUCCACACUGUACUUUUUUCAUCAUGGUAGGUAACUAGAGUGAAAAACAUACAACCAAAGCAUCGACGUUUUCUCUCCGCUAAAUUACUGGAUCUGUCUGUGUUGUUGUGUCAUUAUCGCUGGAACUCAAAACGUAACAAUAAAUCACAGUAAAAUGAA